AGUACAAAAGACAGGAAAAUAUAUAUAUAUAUAUAAAAAAGAGAAAUUAGAGAAAGAAAGAUGAAUUACAUCUCAACGAAAAACGUGUUUGAUGUGUCACCGUUCUUGCUCUUAGAAGCAUCUGCAGAUUCCGAAGCUGUCCCCGACGACGCCGUUCAAUGGCCCCCUAAGGAUUACAAUAUCGAUGGUGAUCAGUCCUCUAAUCGUAGCGAGGCCAGUUCUUGCGAGACCUCUUGUGUAACGUGGGCGAGUCAGAGACCAUGUCGGUUAGAAUUUGACCUAUUUUUAUUACAGGAUACGGUGAAGGAAGAAAUAGACUCCGGAGAUGAAGAAGUUGACGACGACGACGACGACGACGGAGAUGAAGGAGAGGUGAAUAGCUACAUAAGAGGCCAACGUGAAAACCCCGCUCUUGUUUCUGGCUCUGUUGCGGUGGUCAUCAGUGAGAUGGAUCAAAGUCGAAUGUUCUGGGAAGCUUGUCUCGCAUCUUAAAUUUUAAUCAUCUACAUGCAUGUCUUCUUCUUUUUCCUUUUUUUCUUUUUUGGUCUCAGCAACAGCAACAGCCAACAGAUCGAGCUGCAAAACAUAUUAACAUCUCUCGCUUAAUGUUCUUUGUCUCGGUUUCUUUUUCGCUUUUAUUUAUGCACAUCUAUAUAUCUGAAUUGUACGUAUCUCAUAUAUCUACCCCCCUAGCUAUUAACUUAAUUUUUAGUCCAUAUACAUAUAUAGAAAUUUCAUCAUCAA